ACGCAGCUAGCGAAAAGAGGUCUGCUGCUCCAAGAUGAGGAACACAUUCCUCGUCGCUCUCGGCCUGUGGCUAGCGCUGGGAUCGUACGUUCACGCCCAAUUGAAGACGGCUGACAAACAGGCGCUACUAGAUCUUCACAACGCACGACGUGGUUCUGUUGGAGGAGCGAACAUUCUGCAGAGCGUGUGGGACCCAGAACUAGCUGCAACUGCACAGUCUUAUGCAGAGGGAUGUCACGCGGCCCCCAAUCCCUCGGUCACCACGGAAGCGAGGGUACGCAGGGGGGAGAACCUCGGCUACUCACAGCACCAGGCGUCGCUCUUGGCAAAUGCGGAGAUGUCCAUGGGAGCCUGGCUGAAUGAUCCACAGAGUCCCAGCUACAUUCAGACUGUGUGGUGGAAUGUGACAGCUAUAGGCUGUGGAGCCUUCCAGUGCCCCCGGCUCUCUGUUGCUGGUGGAGGCCGUGCCGAUAAUGCCUCGUUCCUCGUCUGCUACUACCUCACAGUCUACAUAGCCGGCAUGCCUCCCUUUACACCUGGAGAUAUGUGCACCCGAUGCCCUGAGGGCUACUCCAUCUGUGACACCAAUGGCUUGUGUGCCACGUCAACUUCUCCGCCAGCUGUGCCUGAUGACACUACACCUCCCCCCACCAUUACCAGGAGGGUAACUGGGAGAGCUCCAGGAGCAGGGAGUAUUGGUGGAGGUUCACGAGUAUCAUUCUUUGGAACAGGGUUCAGUGGAGAUCAACAUACCGGGGCCAACGAGUUGUAUCUCAUAUCCGGUGACACUGUCGUUCCGUGUGACGUACAAACCUACUACUCAACUGCGUCGCAAAUUGUCUGCGAUACCAGGACGACCCCAAGUGGAGGUGAGAUGUUCUGGCGGCUGAUUGUGCGGGUGAGGGACGGAGAGGGGGCAGAGUUUGAGGAGGUGGACACCUCUUGUCGCAACUGCAGAUUUGAGCAGAGGAAUGGCUGGACUCCCUUCGUGGAGGCCCUCUCUCCUUACGCUGGGGAACCUUCAUCUCUUCUCACCAUCUCUGGGAGGAUAUUCACAGUUGCAUUUGACGAUACACCAGAGGACCCUCCAUUCGAUGUCAUCACCAGAGUGACCGUAGGAAACAGACUCUGCAACCAUGUGGAUGAGAAUGGAGAACUAUAUGGAGCUGAAAUGACUGGCAAUAUCAGAGGAACUAUUACCUGUCUCACCAACACAACCAACAUCAUUGACUCAAUGAACGUCAGUUUAACACUGGAUUACCGUGGAGGUUCCUUUAUUCGACUGAGUGAAUACAUCAUAGGAAUUGACAAUAAGCUGAGACCUUAUUCCUAUCAGACCCAUGCAGAGAUACUGAAUUUGGAGCCAGAGAUGGGCAGUGUUGAGGGAGGAACCACCAUCACAGUCUCUACCAGUAUUGAUCUCAGUGGCUACAGGCCAGAGGAGGUCCAGGUGUACGUGGGAGGUCAGGAGUGUGAGGAUGUGUCUCUCACUGGAGGUGGCUCCAUUCAGUGUACCACUCCCUCUCAGCCUCCAGCUCUACCCUCCUACCCAGGUGGACGAGGGCUGCUGAGGGAGGUGUGGCCUCUCACCUCCUGGGAUCUAGACUAUUACCUCGAUCAGCCACUCUCUCUUCAGAACGCACCUCAGGAGAAGGCCUAUAGAGACUUCCACGACCCUCGACAGUUUGGAGAGAGAUUCAACUUUGCCCAGCGAUACUCUGGAUUUUUUGUUCCCCCUGUUACCUCUCUCUACACUUUUGCAAUUGUCUCUGAUGAUUUGAGUCGGUUGUAUGUUAGCCCGACAGCAAAUGCCGAUGACAUGGAGCUGAUUGCAUACGCCGAUCAACACACCUCUAGUCAGUGGAACAGGUUUGAAUCUCAGACCAGUGAACCGAUGAUGCUGGAACAAGGAAAGUACUACUACAUGGAGGCCUACUCUAACCAAGGACCAGGUUUCUGGAGCUUGGGUAUCAGUGCUAAGAUCCACUCUAUCCCGUACACCUCCUACCCAUACCUGGGAGACAGGGAGAUACAGAGAAUCAUGACCACCUCAAACAUCCUUCAAGAAACUCAUGUCAUGUAUCUAACAGUGGAUCCUGUAGUAUAUGAUAUCGACAUUCUCUACACUAAUGGAGAGGGAGUUGACUGCGAAGUCAGCAUGACUGUCGGCGAAAGCUCGUUCCCACUAUCCCCUGAUACUAUGACCUCUGACCUCCAAGAGAUGCUCGAAGCUAUACUUAUAUCAGAAGUGGGCGGAGUCAGAGUAGAGAAGGAGGUGGGGCUAACUGAAGACAACAAUACCAGAGUGUCGCUGCGUCUGAUCUUCCUGACCAAUCAAAUAGAAUACCUACUGCCAAUUGACGUCAGUAGCGAUCCCAACAACUGCUCCAACACCGCAGUAGCGGUUACUCCACCAGAUGCCACGCCCACCUUCCAACUGGGGUUCCCAGACUCCACCCGUCGAACAAACCCUCUUCCAGUUGCCGUGACGACUGCGGCAGAGCUACAGACUGAACUGGAGACACUGCUGUCUUAUGAAUGUACUCGGAAUGCUCCGCCUAAUGUACUGGUGACCAUGGGGUACGAGGAGGAGAGUGAAGGGACAGGAGGUGUGGUCAGGAGCACCGCCUACUGUGGAAGACAAUCUCUCCAGACUCCCUCCACCAUCUGGGAAGGCACCCGCUACCAGACAAACGUCUACACUCAUGUCUGUUUUGCCUACCUCGGCACCUUGCCAGCUCUCUGGGCCAGAGUCCACUACUAUGCCGGGAACGAGAGGAUCGGGACGGACAUAACCUUUGACCUCCGUAGCUGCUCGGAGUGGCCGAUGUCGUUCGAUGGGGCGUGGCAUCACCUCUGCAUAAACCUCCAGUCGUGUCUCAGCGGGCAGUUUGAGGAUGGCCAGAUGUUCCAGGUGGACAAGAUUUGGUUCAGCGGAGGAGGUUUCUGGAUUGACGAGUUCACCAUAUCCUCUGGCGGAGUUGAAGUGGGCCAGACAGCAGUCCCCAUAACUCCUGGAGGAGUACAGAUCUCUGCUCUGACUGUCACCGGAGGUGAAGCCACACCCACACUCCUGGAGGAGGAGCCUGGCGAGUCCGGUCCCAUUCCCAGACUGGUUGUGUCCACAUUCCAGAUCGCUUACACGGUCGUAAACUGCGGCGCCGGGAUGACACUGAUCCAAGGCGACCAAUCAGAUUCGAAGAAUGUGGUGACAGAACAAUUACAGGCUGGAACUACGGGGAUAACAGGGACCUUUGACCUUUCGUUCAACGGGCGGGAGAUCAGCGGAUUGCCGGCAGACAUUCCAGCUGACAGACUAGACGAGCUAUUGGAGAUUAACUUCCCUGACGAAGGAGGGUUCAGUGUGGUGGCCGGAGGUGGGUGUGAGGGGAGAUGGUGGGACGUUGCCUGGGAUACGAGGGAGGCCGACAUCCCCUCCAUGACGACCGAUGGAACCAACCUUGUCGGCAGCGACCCCAUGGUCUCCGUGGUGACAAUAGUCGAUGGAGGAAUGUGGCUCCGCCCACUGAGAGGUGACAUGCUGCGGCUACUAGAAGUAGAUCCACAGGUUGAGGUGAUUAUCAACAGCAUCCCAUCUUCCUGCCGUAGUAAAAACUGCUCCUUCAAUUACACCACCGAAGCCACACCUUUUGUUGAGUCCCUAGCUCCAUUGUCAGGACAACAAGGAACAAGCGUCACCAUAUACGGCUCUGGUUUCCAAGGCGAUGAGGAGGAUGUGAGGGUGUGGUUGGGGGAGGCGGAGUGUGAUGUGACCUCGGUCAGUGAGAGUAACAUCACCUGCACCGCCCAGGCCAACUCUGCUGGGCAGGUCACGGUCACCGUCCAUAUACCAGGCAAAGGAUACGCAGCUGUGAAUGAGUCCGCGUGCUUCACCUACAGCCUCUCACUCAGCGGUAUUCAGCCCAGCAGCGGGGGCACAGAAGGAGGGACCCGGGUCACCAUUUCUGGCUACGGGUUCCUUUCUGUCACUCCAGUUGAUGCUUCUUUCAUUGGGUCCCCACUAGAUAGCACACCCUGGCUGGCUGCCGGGUUUGGCUGGCCUCAGCUCCCUCCUCUCCCAGCCCUCUGUCCCACUAUAACCCACCAGAUACCAAAUGUACAGCCCUCCCAAUACCUACCUCUUCAGAGGAUUCUUCUGGAAAACCACGCCCCCGACGGUGAAGCUGAUGUCAGCAAACGUGCGGAGUUACAAUCAAUGAUAUCUUCUCUCUAUCUGGACCUACCUAUCAGUGUGUUCAUUGGUUCUGCCCCCUGCGUGAUAUCAUCAGCCUCAAUCGACCAACUCAUCUGUACCACCACCAGUCAUUAUGACGGUACAGUCAACAUCACAGUCAAUGUACUUGGAGAGGUGGCAGUUCUGGAGUAUGCUUAUAACUAUGAUGAAAACCUCACGCCAACCAUCACCUCAAUCAGCCCUGUCUCGGGGCCGGUGUAUGGGGAUACUCCUCUAAUUAUCACCGGAGUAGCUCUGGCUGACACAACAUCAGUUAUGAUCGGGGGUGCUCCCUGUGAAAUUAGAUCUCGCAAUGCAACUACAGUGGAGUGUACAACAACCCGUCAUCCUCCUUCAUCUCUGCCUGUCUUAGUCACCACUGACCAGGGAGUGGCUAGGGUGGCCAUGGAGGGGAGUGGGGAGGAUCUGGUGCCUCGUGAGAACCCCUUCUUCUUUACCUACGAACUCGAGGUGAACUCUGUGGAACCCCUGACGGGGUCGCUCAAUGGAGGACAGCAGCUCACUAUCAAUGGACAGGGCUUCAGCCCCUCACGUGCACUUACUUCAGUUCUGAUCGGUGGUCGCCAUGCGUACAUAGUCUCCGCUACUGAAACGGAGGUGACAUUUCUCGCUCCUCCGCCCUUCACUACUCACACUGUCACCUUCAUCAAUGGAGGAUUCACCAUCGAUGGACACCAGUUUGCCUGGUCUACAUUAAAUACCGUGGUACAGCGUGGGGACACUGUAACCUGGGAAUGGGACAUUGACUUCCAGGGAAUCCAGGCCAACGUGUUCCAAACCCCAGAGGCUGAUUCCAGCAUGCGCCUGGAGGGAGGGUCACGGUGGAGGAGGCUGAGUCACAGGGAGCAGGACAUUGCGGUGCUUGUUGAUGGCUACGAGGCUCCAUACGUUCCACUGGAUGAUGGCAGUGGAGACAGUGGGAGUGGGGAUGAUGGUAUGGUCAUGUCUGACAGUGGAGAGGACAGACUACAGCGUAGGGUGGCAAUAGGAUGCGAAGAUGAACCGCUGAGUGAGGAUAGUGGCCUUUUCUACACUUACACACCCUGCUCUACACCAACCGUGACCGCUGUUACCCCAUUAUCGGGAAACACACUCACUACCUUCACUCUCGUGGGCAGCUUGCUUCUCCCAUCCGAUCCAUCAGACACUGUGACUGUCACAUUCGGUUCAUAUGACUGCAUCGUAAUGUCCACCACUAAUUCUUCGAUAGAGUGUCAACUGGAUCUAAUGCAAAUGCCGCCAUCUUUCUCCUCCCUCCCGCUAUAUCUUAACGUCCCAGGGCUGGGUGUUGCCACCACAGACAUACCUCAGACAACUAUCAAUCUCUCUCCACUUAUCACCUCUCUUUCUCCGGCCAACAGUUCCACAGAGGGAGGUUCACAUCUCUUUAUCUCUGGUCACGGUUUCCCUAGUGAGGAGCUCACUGUGACUGCGGGUGGUCAGACUUGUAGUAUAGUGGAACAGAGCUAUUCUGUUGUCCAGUGUGUAAUGCCUGGCAGUUCUCCUGGUUCUUUUCAAGUAGAAAUGUCCCUUUCAACUGCUACCGAAAGUCCAUUUGAAUGUGUUGCAGAGAACAAUUGUAUGGUGGCGUAUUCCCUAGACCACACCCCCAGGGUGGAGACUGCCACACCCACAAACCUUGUUGGCCCCGGUGACAUCACACUAGAGAUUGGCGGAACUCUAUUCUCAGAAGUUGCUCAGGACAACUCAGUGCUAGUCGGAGAGCAGCCGUGCUCUGUAACUUCAGCAAACUUCUCCCUCAUCCAGUGCACCAUACCUGCCUUACCUUCUGGCAACUACGCCCUCUCUCUUACUGUCUGCCCAUCAUCCCCACAUAUCAACUCCUACUGCCCUGGAAGUGCCAUCAUUAUGGCCAGUACUCUCACCAGCCCAGCCGAAAUCACAGAUGUGACUCCAAUACAAGGAAGUGUGGCUGGCGGAACAACACUCACUAUCUCAGGACUAGGAUUCUCUACUGAUUCUUCUGGUGUGUCUGUUAGCAUUGGGGGACAAGUAUGCACUGUGACUUCAUCCAGCUACAACGAGAUAAUGUGCACUACUUCUGCAAACACUGCCGGUACCUAUGAUGUAAUGGUGACAUCACAUGGAAAUGAAUACCCAGUGACUCGGAACUACACAUACUCCAUGGAGAUGACUCCCAUGGUGAUGUCAAUCGACCCAACAAACGGCCAACACGGAACAAUGGUGAAUAUAACAGGGGCCAACCUUGGAGGGUCUACAUCAGUUGACAUUGGAGGAAGUCAGUGUACAGUGGACAACGAGGAGAGCACUGACACUACCAUCAUGUGCAUGCUGGGGCUGAACCUUGCAGGAGAACACAACAUCAACGUCAACGUGGAUGGAGUGGGGAUGGCAAUGGUCGCGGAAGACGUCACAUUCAACUACGAUCUCGUCCUCACGACUUUUUCCCCGACGUCCGGCAGCCUGGCAGGGAUGAGUUCGAUCGUGGUGGGAGGGAUGGGGUUCAACCCCACGGACGUCUCUGCCACUGUAUGCGGUGAGGAGUGCUCUCUGUCCACCUCUCCCGGGAGUCUUAGUGCCUUUGAAUGUGUCCUGCCACCAAUGACCUCAUCUGUAGACGGUACGGUUGACUGCCCCGUGAUGGUACAGAGCCUGGGUAUAAUGGCUAUGUUCAACGAUACGUACACGUACGAAGAGGACCUCACCCCGAGAGUAGAUAGCAUCAAUCGUACCCGCGGAGGAUCCCAGGGAGGCUCCCGAAUACUUAUCGAGGGGCAAGGGUUCGAUGGGGGCGACGUCUCUGUCACAAUAGCAGAUGUGGAAUGUGAUGUUAUCUCGUCCACUGCGACAGAGAUCGUUUGUGACACCGGGGCCAGUGGGAGGACCGUACGAGCAGAGGUCAUGGUGUUUGUCACCGGGAAAGGCUUUGCGCAGUCUGAAAACAUUUCUUUCUGGUACGUGGACUUGUGGAGCUCGAGUUUCACGUGGGGGGGCCAGGACCUUCCACGGGAGGGGGAUUUUGUGGUGGUCCCCAGGGGACAGACUUUGGUCCUGGACACUGUGACUCCCGUCCUCAGCUACCUCCUCUUGCAAGGCGGGGAACUGGUUUUUGACGAAGAGGCUGUUGACAAUCAGGUGGGACUGCACACCCAUGGCAUGCUCAUUACCAGCGGAGGCAAACUGGAGGUUGGAACUGAAGACAAACCAUUUGAGGCUAGAACUGAAAUUGUUCUCUAUGGAGAUGUGUUGUCAACGGAGAUUCCGGUGUACGGAGCAAAGACCUUGGCCCUGCGUCAGGGAUCAAUCGAUAUCCACGGAAAACCAUUGACUAAGACCUGGACAAGACUCUCAGAGACUGCAAUGGCAGGGACCUCAAUUCUCCGGUUGCAAGAAGCAGUUGACUGGGCACCAGGUGGAAAGAUUGUGAUUGCCUCGACUUCCUUCAGCCAGAGAGAGAAUGAAGAGCACACAAUUGUUGAGGUUAGUAAUGGAGGGUUAACUCUGGAGUUGGAGUCUCCACUAGAGUAUGAACACAUCUCGGUGAGACAGACCAUUGCAGGGAGGGAAAUUGACACGAGUGCAGAGGUUGGUUACCUCACAAGGAAUAUAGUGGUUAGAGGCAGUGUCAAUGAGGAGUUUGUGUCAGAGGUCUCUGCGUGUCCAGAGGAAUUCAGAACUGGACAGUUCCAGUUACAGACCUGCUUCCUCGGUCGUUUCGGUCCCGAGACCAUCAGUGACCAGUUUGGUUCCCAGAUCAUGAUCCACGCACCGGAACAGAACAAGGGAGACGUUUUUGGUCGGUUCUCGUACAUCGAGGUCACUCACGCCGGCCAGGCCUUCCGGCUGGGCCGGUACCCAAUCCACUUCCACCUGAACGGGGAUGUGACCGGAUCUUAUGUAAGAGGCUGCAGUAUUCACCACACUUUCAACAGGGCAGUCACAAUCCAUGCAGUAGACAACCUCCUGGUAGAGAACAACGUGGCCUACAACAUCCUCGGUCAUGCCUACUUCUUAGAGGAUGGUAUAGAAGAGAACAACAUCAUUCAGGACAACCUUGGAAUCUUUGUCAGAGCGGCCAGCUCACUGCUAAACGUUGACAUCACCCCAGCCGUCUACUGGAUCGUGAACCCCAACAACAUUGUGAGGAGGAACGCAGCUGCCGGAGGGACCCACUUUGGUUUCUGGUACCGCCUCCCUGUGAAUCCAACUGGACCAUCCUUCACCAGUGCUGUGCGACCGCGAGAAAUAGCACUCGGAGAAUUCACCGACAACUCUGCCCACUCGUUUGGUUGGUAUGGCCUGUGGGUGUUCCCAGCAUACAACCCGCCAGUUCCGGCUAUGUUUCAGAACUUCUUAUCCUGGAGGAACGAGCGAGGGAUAGAAUUCAGCAUAGACUCUCGUAGCAUGGGUCCCUUACAAGUCCUCAACAGUACCCUGCUUGACAACGAACUGGCAGGGUUCGAAACAACACAAAUCGAAUCUGAAUGGGGUGAUAGUCUUGUGAAAGACACAGUGAUCGCUGGUCAUAGCAAUAUAUCUGAUGCCGAUGAAUCAUUCUGCACAGUUGCAGGGAUUAAGACUCCUCGCUCCCCCUACUUGAUUGUAGAGUCUGUAACCUUUGUCAACUUUGACCGGGAGGGCUGCACGGCCAUUGCAGCUUGCUCCCACUGCAAGAACCUCCAGGGAGGGUUCGAGACGAGGUACAAGGACAUCAGGUUUGUGAAUAGUCCACGGGUGACCACUUGGCAGUGGAUGCAUGAGCACUACCACAGGGACCUGGACGGAACCCUCACAGGAACAGACGUACACAGCAUCCUUGUCCCCACCUCUGAAAUUCUCCCCCCAGUCUGCGUGGCUCAUGAAUCAUCCAGUUUUGGUGCACCUGGCAGCAUUUGCCCAGGGUCUCUAGAUUUCACACGAUUUGCUCUAUACAACCCAACGCCCAGUAAUUCCUUAAAGUUUAACACACUGGAUCUCACAAACACCUACGGAACAACGACUGUAGAGUAUGAAGACAAGCGACUAUUAGUCAAAGAUGGCCACAUGGCCUUGCUGCCUGUAAAUCAGAGCUAUGCACUUGACUGGAACGUGGGACCAAUCUUUACAAACACCAGCUACCAACUCCUGGUGACCCAACUCGACGAAGAAGACUACAUCUUUCUCCAGCAGGAAUACCCAGAGCCUCUUGACUUUAUCACAAUCAACAACAAGAUCGAAAAUGUCAGCGAGUCUUUCCUGAACAACCCCUCGCAGGCCGAGACUGGUGACUGGUUCAGCGACGAUAACAACACCAUUAAUUUCAUCAUCACUGGAGACCAGGAUGGAAGGACGGAUUUCAAUUUCCAGACAUACACGUGUUUCUACGAGGACUGCAUCCCACCCCCACCACCUACCCUCCCUCCUCCUAUUCCACCAGGUCGACCGGAAAUGACGCAGUCCUGGUCAGACCCAACCAUCUGGCCCGAAGGUCAGUUACCUCAAGAGAUGCAGGACGUUUUCAUCAACUGCAGCUGGUAUGUCCUGCUGGACGUGGAAAUCCCCCGACUGGGCACACUCACAGUCUGCGGAGCCCUGGAGAUUCUUGAUGGAAUGGACCACACAAUUGCGGCCGACAUCAUCCUCAUAACAGGAGGCCGUUUGGUUGCCGGGUAUCCCGACACACCGUUCACCAGCAAAGUCACCUUCCUUCUCCAUGGCGACAGGUCCUCCCCGGAAGUUUCUUUUGACAUUGGUCCCAUUGUGGGGUCAAAGGCCAUAGGGGCGUUUGGGGAGUUGAUUUUGACAAGUCGACCGCGGCUCCCCACAUGGACCACAUUAGCCGCGACGGUGGAGGCUAGAGGGAUGCAGAUUGUGCUGAGUGAGCCUGUGGAAUGGGAGGAGGGAGAUGAGAUUGUAAUUACGUCAACUUCAUUUGAAGGGGCUGAGAGUGAGACAGCUGUCAUAUCUGACGUGUCCAAUUCCAGAACCACAUUGAUGCUCAGUUCCCCACUUGAAUUCCAGCACGUGCAUGUGACCGAGACUGUUGGGUCUCAUACCUAUACCCUCGCUGCCGAAGUCGGUCUACUGACGAGAGAUAUUGUCAUCACCAAUGGUGACAAAGACGUAUCGGAUGAAGAGACGUUUGGUUGCCGAGUUCUCGCAGGGACCAUUCAGAUAGAUGGGCAGAUAAUCUCAGGGUCGGUCCAAAUGGAAGGCGUGGAGCUGAGGCGCUGUGGCCAGCUAGGCUACACAGAGGAAUAUGACCCCAGGUUUUCCCUAGCAGUUCUGAACAUCCAGGGUCGGGGAUCUUACGCCCGGGGCUGCAGCAUAAACGAUGGGUACAAUACUGGGAUUGGAGUGUUUGGUUCUGAUGGAUUCCAGCUCACUCACAACGUAAUCCACGACACAGUUGGGAGUUCGGUGCGGGCCGAUGGCUCUCACUUGGUCAUCACAGACAACCUUGCCUCCUUGAGCCACUUCCUCGCAACGUACAGAGAUGACCCCAUGGCCCAGCCUGCCAACACCCUGUGGACUGCCAAUUUCGACCUUGCGUCGACGCGCACCAACCUCACUCUCCGUCGCAAUGUGGCUGCCGGGGGCAACAAGGCUGGUUUCCAUGUCAACGGAGAUGACUGUACUGCCGAGGGAGAUGAACUCCAGGUAGCUGACAACAUAGCUCACUCUACUCUCCACGGAAUCCAUCUUGGCUACUCUGAUGGACACCCAUCUGGAUGCACCCACAUAGCGAGGUUCACUGCUCACAGCUGCCAUCACUACGGCAUAUACAGCUUCAGCCCUGCUGAGCUCCGAGUCAGCGAAGCCAGACUGAUCAACAACAAUGCCGGCAUCUUUGCUGCAGUGAUUGGGCCCCCUUCACUCAGCCACCAGCUGGGGAACAAAGAGGUUGUCAUCGAGGACUCCUUGCUGGUGUCUGCCACACCCGACUUGGACUGCAUAAGAGAUUCUGUGGAUCCUAAGACUUCUCUUCACCCUCAGGCCUUCACCGGUCUGCGACUGAGAUCCCCCUCAAAUGGUCACGUGGGAAUCAUCAUCCCUGUUUUCACCUCCGGCCCGGGCCACAGGACCUUGUCUGGAUGGAGCAGCAUCUCUGCCUACCCUGCCAUCAGUGGCAAAACCACCAUCCGCAGAAUCACCUUUGCCAACUUUGGUUCUCGCUGUCCGGAAGAGACAGACACGUUACUGAUGACCCACCCACGGUCGGAGGACUGCAACCACCCCACACAUCUCCAGGACAUAUCCCACCACAUGAAUGGCGAGGCCUUGAAAUACUUCAACCAUCAACCAAUUCUGAACAGUAUCAACCCUUCGGACUGUGUUGAUCUUGACUGCGAUGGUCUCAAACACGUUCUGGUACGGGACGAGGACGGAACCUUCCUAGAAGCAGGAGGACCGAGAUCUCUAAUCUCCAUGGCCGAGCUCAGUUGGGGCGAUAACGGGCCACGUGGCCUCGGAAACUUCCGGAUCCCGACGGUCAUGCUGGCAACACCGGGAGGAGGGAUGGAGGAUGCCAAUGCACUCUUCCCUGAACAGGGGAUAGCGAGGGGUACAGCAGCCCCUGGAAAUGAGUCUCAGUGCUUCUGGGACCCCAACUGGAACAGCUACGUCUGUGAGAACAUUGAACAUCUCAUGAUUGUCAUAGAGAGCCUUGACGAUGACACAGAGGUCAGGAGACUCUCACCUGUUGGUCUGGCAGCCAAUGGUUUCAUUGACAUUCUCAACGGACCAAUGGACAACGGAUGGUGCGGUGGAUACACCUGUCAGGAGAGAAUAUCAACAUUCUUUGGGAUCGUGGCCUCAGGCCUCUCCUACACCAUGGCGCUCACCAGCACAAAUCCACAGAGAAUGGCUCUCCACCUGCUAAAUGCCGAGGAAGAUCAAUCCAUUUUGAUAGCCAUCUUCUACACCAACCCCCAGAGAUUAGACGUAUACAGUGACGGGCAGUAUGUGGUACCAAACAACGCUAUGAUGCUGGAGAAUGGAAACCUGGAGUAUCAGACUGGGACCGUGGAGGAUUUCGUGCCCACCUUGGACCAGCCUCAUGGAGCUAACUAUUACGACAGAGACAGAAAGCAGCUGCAUAUUCUCUUGAGAGGAGACAGACCUUAUGAGAUUCGCACAACACCUGUCAUCCAGGUUGGACUGAGUCUGGAAGUAUCGGUUGACGACUUCUUCAAUGAAGACCGACUUGUUCAGAACCUUGCCUUCCUUCUCGGCAUUGACUCCUCCCAAAUCAGGGUGGUGAGUGUUGUCAGGGAAACCAUCAGCAAGAGAAGACGACGACAGGACAAUGGGGCAGGCCAAAUGGACCGUGUUGACGUCGAAUUUGAGAUUGGUAAUCCGCCUGCUACAUCCACUACCAUGGAGACCACAAACACGACGUCACCAGAUAACGAGACCAUGUCCACUAACGAGACGUCCACUGAGGCCCCACCCAUGGACUCCACCCUCUCGUUUGAACAGCUGGAGGACCUCACAGAGACCGUGGUCGAUGUGAUCCAAACUGGCCAGUUGACCUCUGACCUCAACGCCACAGUGGUAAAUGCAGUUGUCAUGGAGCCGGAACCAGAGAUGAUGGAUCCGACCAAUGGGAUGAGAGCCACACCCUCAACGGGUGGACCCCAGCCUGGAGAGAACGGCACGGAGCUCCUGGAGACGUUCUCCAACAUGCAGUUUAGGAUGGAAUUGGAGGAACAAAACCAAACACAGCCAGUGGUCUUCACCAUCCCAACACAGCUGGUUAUUGAGAGGAGCUUCCGUGCCACGGCAACAGAGGGGUUACCCCUGACCCAACCACCAAUCAUUGUCAUGUUUGACAAUUUGGACAAUAUCAUCGAAAACCUUGGCUUGGAAGAGGCGUGGAGAGUUAGAGCCAAUGUCGAUAGUGGACCCCCAAGAGCUUUCCUGGCAAAUGACACAGCAGAGUUGAUCAGUGGUCGUGCAGAGUUCUCAGACCUUGCCUUCAGCUACCCUGGAACCUACCAGGUCUCCUUCGAGGUGGUUUUCCCUGAAUCGGCCGAGUUCAGUGUGGUGGUCGAGGAGGAGAUCACGGUGCUGCCCCGAGACCUGGAACUGGUGGUUGUCUCGCAGCCAGGCCCAGGAAACACUUCGCACACACUCUACCCAAGUCCUGCAGUAGAGCUGUGGGAGGGCGGGGCUGUGCUCAGCGAGCACGACUGGAGGAACAGUACCUGGCUGGUGAGAGCCACUCUCAGGCAAGGCGGGCGCUCCCUACAGAGCUGGGAGGAAGAACUCAGCUCAGGAUAUGCCAAGUUUACUGAGGUUGCUUCCAGUAAUCCCGGGGAGUUCACUCUUGUCUUUGAAGUUUUCACAGACCCACUUUCCUCACACGUCCCAGUCACUGCAACCAGCCAGUCAUUCUACAUCACCCGCCAUCCUCUCACUCGACUGAUGAUUACCUAUGACGAUCAAGACUAUGACACAGUCAUUGGCGAAAACAACCAGUUCUUGGACGACUUCAUCACCACAUUCAGCUACAACUUUCGCAAGGCAUUCCCUUCUGAUACAGUUGAGAUAUACAACAUAACCGUGACCCGAGGGAGCAUUCUAGUGUCUGUGUUUCUCACCAGCCGAAGCGCCAGCAACCUGCUCAACUAUGUAGGGACCGUGACCUCAUCCAACGAUACAUUCACUUUCAUGUUCCGAGCGUCAAUGGAGAAGUACGUCCAGCACAACAUGGGGGCUGCUGGGUUCGACGGGUCAGAGGAAGAGCGCUACCUCACCUUCGAGACAGAGAAAAGACUGGAGGCCACCACCUCCACCAUCUCCUUCCAGUCCUUUGAGAUGAAGGAGAAAGAGAAGAACGGCACUACAAUCAGCAAGCACGAGCCAGUGGUGACCAGUAAGAUUAUCUCUGUCCCUGGAGGCUCCGUAUUUGUCAACCCCACCACCACUGACAAAGACAACGAGGAGGUCGAGAGGUACGUCACCGUGGCGACAAAUGGAAAGCCGCCAGCGACGGGGUCCAUGGAGGGAGGGAUCGGGGGACUGGAGAAGGAGGUGGAGGCGAUUCUCACCAAGAGCGGGUCUCUGGUGGAGGCGGAGUCUCACAUCCAAUGACCACACCCACCACACCCACCACACCAAUCACACACUCUUUAGCAAGACUGAUAUUGCAUCAUGUAGUCAGAACCAAUCAUCUUUGUUUGCAUGAGCUAAUCACUACCACUUUUUACUGCAUUCGUGUAUAGAUGUGAUGUGUGCCGUAGCAAUACAAAACGACUUUGAAGUCUUAAGAUGUCAAUGGAAAACUACGAGCACAG